UACCGGACCGCGCGUCUCGGCUCCGCACCGCGUCUCGAGCUCCCUGCCGGUGUGCAGGCAUGAGUAGAGAGUUCCUCGCGGAGCUGCACUGGGAGGAUGGCUUCGCCAUCCCGGUGGCGAAUGAGGAGAACAAGACACUGGAAGAUCAGUUGUUAAGGCUGCAGAAUGAAAGAGCAAACUUGCAAACUCAGUUACACGACUAUGAAGAUCGAAUUAAGGCUAUGGCAUCUCACUUCAAAAAUGUUAAUCAAGAGUUCUCAUUUACACAGUCUCUUUACAACGCAAGGGAGCAAGAGAUUAAAAGUGAAGAACAUUUCAAAGCUAUUGCUCAAAGGGAAUUGGGACGAGUGAAAACUGAAAUCCAGCGCCUCGAGAAUGAGAUGACCUCUAUCCAGGAAAAGAAAAAUGAUAAAGAAAAUGGAAUAUUUAAAGCUACUCAGAAAAUGGAUGGUUUGAAAUGUCAAAUGAACUGGGACCAGCAAGCAUUGGAGGCUUGGUUAGAAGAAUCAGCUCAUAAAGACAGUGAUGCCCUCACUCUUCAGAAGUAUGCAAAACAAGAUGAUAAUAAAAUUAGGGUGCUGACUCUGCAGUUAGAAAGACUAACUGUGGAAUGUCAUCAGAGAAGAAAGUUACUUGACAAAGAACUUACAGAGACUUUAAGUGCACAGUUAGAAUUGGAUAAAGCAGCACAAGAUUUUCGCAAGAUUCAUACUGAAAGGCAAGAACUGAUUCAGCAGUGGGAGAAUACGAUAGAGCAGAUGCAGAAGAGAGAUCACGACAUAGACAGCUGUGCUUUGGCAUUAGCAAGAACAAAACAAGAAACAAGAGAAAAGGAAAAUUUGGUUAAGGAAAAAAUUAAGUUUUUGGAAAAUGAGAUUGGGAAUAACGCAGAGUAUGAGAAAAAAAUAACUGUUGCUGAUCGCAAACUUUUAAAAUGUAGAACGGAAUAUCAGAACCACGAGACGAGUAGAGGGCAGCUGAAGGAUGAGCUGGAUUCUUUAAAAGCCACUGUGAAUAGAACAUCUAGUGAUUUAGAAUCUCUGAGGAGAAAUAUUUCCAAAAUAAAGAAGGACAUUCAGGAAGAAACAGCAAGGUUACAGAAAGUUAAAGAUCAUAAUACUAAUGCAAAAAAAAAAUUAAAGACGAUAACUGAGAAAACCAUGUCUGUUGAAGAGAAAGCUACCAAUUUGGAAGAUAUGUUGAAGGAAGAAGAAAAAUCUGUAAAGGAAGUGGACAUUCAAUUGAAACUCGUAAAAGAUGUGCUUUUUAAGAAAGUUGAGGAGUUAAAGGCUGAGAUAAUCAAAGAAAAGGCUGUUUUAUCAGAAGUCGAAGGAACCCGUUCCUCUCUCAAACAUCUCAACCAUCAGUUAUACAAACUGGAUUUUGAAACUUUAAAGCAGCAAGAAAUUAUGUACAGCCAGGAUUUUUGUAUUCAACAAAUGGAGAGGAGAAUGUCACGGUUAAAGGGAGAAAUUAAUUCAGAAGAAAAACAAGCCCUUGAAACAAAGGUUGUUGAACUUAAGAAGUCAUUGGAGGAGAAAAAAGCUACAUUUGGCCUUUUGGAAACAGAGAUCAAGAAGCUUCAUAAUGAUCUUCAUUUUAUCAAGAAAUCAAACAGUAAAAACUGUGAGGAAAAGCAGUCCCUUAUGACCAAAAUUAAUGAAUUAAACCUUUUUAUUGAAAAAUCAGAAAAAGAACUUAAAAAAGUCAAAGCUGCAAAACAGGAUUUGAUGAUAGAGGACAAUCUUCUGAAACUUGAAGUCAAGCGUGUUCGCGAAAUGCUUUACAGUAAAGCAGAAGAAGUUCUCUCCCUGGAAAAACAAAAACAGCAGUUAUGCACAGCUAUGGCAGAAAGAACUGAAGAAAUUAAAGUUCACCAAACAAUGCUGAUGUCCCAAAUAAGAUUUGUUGAUCAAGAACGGCAAAACAUAAGUUCUGAGUUUCAUGAUCGCCUAAGUAAAAUAGAUAAGCUGAAGAAUAGAUAUGAAAUUCUUACGGUUGUUAUGCUGCCUCCCGAAGGAGAAGAGGAGAAAACACAGACCUAUUAUGUAAUAAAGGCUGCUCAAGAAAAGGAAGAACUUCAAAGGGAAGGUGACAGUUUGGAUGCGAAGAUCAACAAAGCUGAGAAGGAAAUCUAUGCUCUAGAAAACACCCUGCAGGUGCUCAACAGCUGCAACAAGCAUUACAAGCAAUCCUUUAAAAAAGUGACUCCAUCUAGUGGGGAGUAUGAGCUAAAAAUUCAGCUAGAAGAACAAAAAAGGGCUGCUGCUGAAAAGUACAGAUACAAACAACGACUCAUCAGAGAACUGCAAGAAGAUAUCCAGAGCAUGGAAAAUACUUUUGAAGUUAUCAAGCAUUUAGAAAAUAAUACCAAAGGAAAAUUUUCAGAGAAGCAGGCUUAUUUGAUUCAACUUAGUAAAGAAACUGAGGAUCAGAAGCCAAAAUUAGAAAGAGUAACUAAACAGUGUGCAAAACUCACAAAAGAAAUACGUUUUUUGAGAGACACAAAAGAUGAGACAAUCGAAGAACAAGACAUCAAACUUCGUGAAGUGAGACAGUUUCACAAGGUCAUUGAUGAAAUGUUGAUUGAAGUCACAGAAGAAAACACUGAGAUCCGUAUUAUCCUUCAAACAUACUUUCAAGAGAAUGGGCUGGAAUUCCCUACAGCCAGUACUAGGGGCAGCCAUCAGAGUUCUAGAGCUUCUUCACACGCGUCACUGCCCUCAGUCAGGUCAUCUAGGAGUACAAACACGUCAGCUUCGCAGACUUCAGUUAAAGUAACAGAGUUCAACUUCCCAGGCUCCUCUACACCAGCGGACGGCGCUUCUAGGCCAGCCAGUGCUAGUAGUAGCUCUAGUAAUGGUAAAAGCAAAAAGAGCCCCAAGUAA